CAAGACCAAGUGACAUUUGCGGGCCGUUUAGUUGACGCGUUUUGGGCUGAAAGCCUCAGUUUGUUUAUUGUCUCGUGGCUGCUUUUUUCCGGUGUCUGUGCCGUUUGUGCUGGUUAUUUGCGUUUUGAAAUUGUUAAUGAACUCAAUUAUAAUUUCGGGUGCUUGGCAGAGUUCGCGUUGCAAUUAAGUUUGGCAAGCCGCAUCUUUAUUUUGUUUAAUUUCGGAAACAUGCUGUUCACCAGGAGCCGAUUGUUGUUAUCGAUGGGCGUGCUAUCGGCGCUGCUAUCGCUAUCGCUGGCCCUUCCGGCUCCUCAGCAAAGCAACUCUGAACUGGAGGCGACCUUCCAGGACACCAGCGACCCCGACUUGAAUCCCAUCAACGCAGAGGAGGUGUUAGGUGUCCAGGAGCGCAACAAAAGAAAACUGCCCGAUGCCACAUUCGAGGCUAAGAACGCAGUGCUCGGCUUCGUGUUUGGCAAAAUCGACAACUUCCUGGACACCAAGACGCGAGUGAUCGAGCAGCUGGACCGCUCGAACAUCGAGAAGAACAAGCAGUGGGACAUCAAGUCGCCGGUGCCCAUCAAGGACUUCCAGACCCUCAUCACGGCGGUGGUCUCGCCCAAGAUCCGCUCCAUUGGCAACAUCGCCAACGACCUGACCACCGGUGUGCUGACCACCAUCACCGCCUUCAGCGGCUCCUCGUCGGGCGGCGGCAACGCGAACGCCGGCCUGGGCAACGUGGUGUCCAAGUUCCUGGGCUUCUCGGGACCCAUCCUGCAGGGAUCCUCCGGCGGAGUCAAUGGCAUUGCCGGCGUGACGACACCAGCUCCCGACUCCGACGAGGCGGGCUACUAGGGCUGACCUUCACACCAUGUGUUCCAACGAUCCAAGGCCAACUAAUGGAAGCUGUAACUUAUCGUUGAGCCCCUGUACCUUCUCUUUUCCUUCCCCCGCCUCACAUCCAUCAGAAUCUUUGCUGAACUUCCAACCCCAGCCCCAACCCCAAGCCCUCGCUCGAAUCGUCUUAUUUUUUUGUUACACCCUAGUUAAGUUUCAUGUUUGUAAAUAUUCGGCAUAAACAAAUAUAUAUAUUUUAUAGAGAGAAUUCCACGACACCACAAAAACGAAUAAAACCGAAAACAGAAAACCAUCUCA